GCAUAGUGUUUUGCUACUAAAUUGUGUAUGCGUUGGUUGUUGAAUACAGCGAGAUUGGUCAGAAUAACUUCAGCAGAGUCAGUGUGCAAGAAGACCUUCAUCCGAAACAAAAACAAAGUCAGAAUCAUGUCCGCUCCUCCCAAUACAGCAACACCAUCUACUAGUGAUCCAAACUCUCUAGACUUGGACAAACUGAGGUUGAGUGUAAGUGAGCAAGGAGAUAUUUUGAGGAGUCUGAAGGAACAAAAUGCAUCAGUGGACGAAGUUAAGAAAGCGACAACAGAGCUGAAACUUCGCAAAAAAGCAUUGGAAGAUGCCAAAUUUGAGGCGAAUAAGGGCAACUGGGAUAUAGACCGGAAAAAACUGGAAGAUGUGGUUAAGCGCAGAUUUAUUUACAGUCAAGCAUUUAGUAUUUACGGAGGUGUCGCUGGAUUGUAUGAUUUUGGACCAGUAGGCUGUGCAAUUAAGUCGAAUAUUCUGAAUGAGUGGAAGUCUCAUUUCAUUCUGGAGGAAAGCAUGUUAGAGGUGGAAACAUCAAUGCUGACUCCUGAGCCAGUGCUGAAAAACAGUGGUCACGUGGACAGAUUCGCGGACUUCAUGGCCAAAGAUGUGAACACGGGCGAAUGUCUGAGGGCAGACCAUCUGCUGAAAGCACACUUGACCAGUCUCUGUGAGGCAGACGACUGCCACUUCGACAAGUACAAAGAGUACCAGUCUGUCAUCACACAAAUGGACAACUAUGGACAACAGGAGCUGACAGAACUGUUCAAAAAGUACCAAGUGAAGAACCCUAGAAACGGAAAUGCAGUCUCCGACCCAGUGCCAUUCAACUUAAUGUUCGCCACUCCAAUUGGGCCAAGUGCAGCUAACACACCCGGAUUCUUGCGACCAGAAACGGCGCAGGGAAUAUUUGUCAAUUUCAAGAAACUUCUCGAUUUCAACAAUGGAAAACUUCCUUUCGCAGCUGCACAAAUUGGAAGUUCGUUUAGAAAUGAAAUCUCGCCCAGAGCUGGACUGUUGCGUGUGAGGGAGUUCACCAUGGCGGAAAUCGAGCACUUUAUCGACCCCAAUGAGAAAACUACGCCGAAGUUUGAAAAGGUGAAAGACCUGGAGCUGACUCUAUUCUCAAAGGGUCAGCAGAUGUCUGGUGGUAGCGCAGUGCCAGUUAAACUGGGAGACGCAGUGGAGAGUGGGAUGAUAGCGAACAAUGUGUUGGGAUACUUCAUCGGCAGAAUCUAUCUGUUUCUAGUGAAGAUCGGAGCUGAUCCCUCCAAGAUCAGAUUCAGGCAGCACAUGGACAACGAGAUGGCACACUACGCAUGUGACUGCUGGGAUGCAGAAAUGAACACGACGUACGGGUGGAUAGAAUGUGUGGGCUGUGCAGACAGGUCCUGCUAUGACCUCACCCAACACUCCAAAGGCACUGGAAUCAAAAUGGUGGCUGAGAAAGACCUCCCGGCACCAGUUCAGAAACAGAUAGUCGAGGUUGUACCAAACAAGGGUGCUCUGGGGAAGCAGUUCAAAGGAGAGGCUAAGGCCAUCUUCACAUAUCUGGAGGCUCUCUCAGACUGUGACAUAAAGGAAAUAGAACAGAGUCUGGAACAGAACGGAGUUUACGAGUUGAAAAUAGCGGCCACUGAUCAAACAUACCAACUGACGAAAGACUUGAUCACGAUUGAGAAAAAGAUGAAGACUUUCCACAUCGACGAGUUCACGCCUUCGGUCAUUGAACCCUCAUUUGGAAUUGGAAGAAUAAUGUACGCCGUUUUGGAGCAUGUCUUCAAAAUCAGACCCGAAGACGACCAGAAACGAUAUCUUUCUCUGCCGGCUUCUGUCGCGCCUUACAAGUGUUCCAUAAUUUGCAUAAGCGCUAAGCCAGAGUUUGACCCGUUCCUGGAUCAAAUUUUCACUAGUUUGAGACGGCUGAAUGUUAGCUUUAAAUUCGACUCAGGCAAGACUGGCAUCGGGAGGAAGUACGCAAGGACGGAUGAGAUAGGUAUUCCGUUUGGCAUCACGCUAGACAUGGACACUUUCGGAGUGAAGCCGCAUUCGGUCACAUUAAGAGAACGAGACUCAACAAAGCAGGUGCGCAUUAACGUAGAAGAGGUGGCCCAGGUGGUCAGUGACCUGUCCAUGCAGAACUGCACUUGGCAAGAUGUGCUCCAGAAGUUUCCUGCCUUCUCAGCAUCUGCUGACAGCGACUCGGAGCAAAAGUGAAAAACAAACGAUGGAAAAUGAACUGCUUUUAUAGAUGGGCUCCUGCAAGUUGCGAAUAUUUACAUGAAAUGGAAGAAUAACGAAUUUCAAUGGAUCGACAAAGAAAACUGGGAAAAGAAGUGAAAUUAUUACGCUGGUGUUGGAGUAUAAAUUUUUGUCUUGAUGUAUACAUCCUAAAUUUACUUUUCAAUUAGGUUCGGGAAAAGGCAUGGUUAAAAAUCAUCUUGUGAUGAUUUAAUUUUAUGUUGAUAUCCUAAAAUCUCAUCACUGAUAUGGUUUUUGGCUCAUCUGAAGUCUGAUAUAAAAAUUAUAGUAAACAACACAAGUUAUUGUUCAUUUGGGAUGUUUUUAUUGACUUUUGAGGCUGUGAGUUCAUUGAGUUA